CCAUCUUGCCUCUCCCUGCUGCGGAGUGCGGAAGUAGAGGCUGUGGGUUCAGGGUUCCGCCUGUGGACGCUUUGCAAGAUCCAGACACACAGACUGUUAUCCAUCAGAAACAUUCACCCUCUGUAGUUAUCACAGCCGAGACAUGGCAGGACGGCUACCGGCGUGCGUGGUGGACUGCGGCACAGGGUACACUAAGCUGGGUUAUGCAGGAAACACAGAGCCCCAGUUCAUUGUUCCUUCAUGUAUUGCCAUCAAAGAGUCGGCCAAAGUGGGCGACCAGGCACAGCGGAGGAUGAUGAAGGGUGUGGACGACUUGGACUUCUUCAUUGGAGACGAGGCCAUAGACAAGCCCACAUACUCCACCAAGUGGCCCAUCCGUCACGGUAUUGUCGAGGACUGGGACCUGAUGGAGCGCUUCAUGGAGCAGGUCAUCUUCAAAUACCUCAGGGCGGAGCCAGAGGACCACUACUUCCUGCUGACUGAACCUCCGCUGAACACACCGGAGAACCGAGAGUACACGGCUGAGAUCAUGUUUGAGUCCUUCAACGUGCCCGGCCUCUACAUCGCCGUGCAGGCUGUGCUUGCCCUAGCCGCCUCCUGGACCUCCAGGCAGGUGGGAGAGAGGACCCUCACCGGCACCGUCAUUGACAGUGGGGACGGAGUCACCCACGUUAUCCCAGUGGCGGAGGGCUAUGUCAUUGGCAGCUGUAUAAAGCACAUUCCCAUCGCAGGACGUGACAUCACCUACUUCACCCAGCAGCUCCUGAGGGAGCGGGAGGUGGGCAUCCCCCCCGAGCAGUCACUGGAGACCGCCAAAGCUGUCAAGGAGCGCUACAGCUACGUGUGUCCAGACCUGGUGAAAGAGUUCAACAAGUACGACACGGACGGCUCUAAGUGGAUCAAGCAGUACACGGGCAUCAACGCCAUCAGCAAGAAGGAGUUCACCAUCGACGUGGGCUACGAGCGCUUCCUGGGGCCCGAGAUCUUCUUCCACCCUGAGUUCGCGAACCCUGACUUCACCCAGCCCAUCUCUGAGGUGGUGGACGAGGUCAUCCAGAACUGCCCCAUAGACGUGCGACGCCCUCUCUACAAGAACAUCGUCCUGUCCGGGGGCUCCACCAUGUUCCGGGACUUUGGCCGGCGGAUGCAGCGAGACCUGAAGAGGACGGUGGACGCGCGCCUCAAAAUGAGCGAGGAGCUCAGCGGCGGCAAGCUGAAGCCCAAACCAAUCGAUGUCCAGGUCAUCACUCAUCAUAUGCAGAGAUACGCUGUGUGGUUCGGUGGAUCAAUGUUAGCAUCAACGCCCGAGUUCUACCAGGUCUGCCACACCAAGAAGGACUACGAGGAGAUCGGGCCAAGUAUCUGUCGCCACAACCCUGUGUUCGGAGUCAUGUCCUAACUGUGCUCCUCGAGAGACUUAGCGAUCCUUGGGCUGGGUGGAGAGGGUGGGACUGUGGGCGUGGCUGUUUGCGGAGCUAUGGCGGCUAAGGAAGGGGAUUGGAUUGGGCGGGUUGGGUCAUGGUGUGACAGACAGGCUUGAUAGGUCAGGGAGGGUGGUGUGUUUGCGCAUUUUGUAUUAUUAUUUUGUUUUCAUUGCUUGUUCUGUUCUGGAUGAAAAUAAAUAAAUAGAAAGGGGCCAAUCCAGAUUAUUAAAAGGAAAGUGAACCUAUACCAUAUUAAAAAAUAUGUAUUGUGAAUGUUUUGGUUUCUGAAAAAAUUAGGGAUAAAGUGUGUUCUGUCACAGGGAGUUGGGAGUGAGGAUGAGGAUGAUGAGGAGGUUUGGAGAGAGGGUCAGGACAACUUGAAUGGAAACACCAUGAUGCUGGAACAUAUUAUUUAUGGUUGUGGAUUCUCUGGUACGUCCAGCGACUCACCAUCAUGGUACCCUUAACUAAUUUGGAACAUGUUCUUUUAUUUUUUCCUCAGCCUUGCUUCUUUUUUUUUUCUUCCUCUGCUUCAAAUGCACUUCUCUCUGCAUAUCAUUAAAAGAGCUUGUUUAUAUUUAAUACAAAGCUUUGUAUGAGUUACAAGAACUUUAUAAAGAUUUUUUUUAUAUGUAAAAACUCAAUGGGAAAGCAAGUGCAUACUCUGAUUCAUACAGGUAUCCGCAAGUGACUGUUUUAAACCACAAUGCUACCUUGAUACACCAGUAUUGGAAACAUUGCGAUUGAUAGUUUCUCCUAUAAUUCCCAUAAUGCACCAUUGCUGAUCUUUACUUAAAAUUAUUCUUAUUCCUUCACAACUGCUUAUAAUAUAUGCAUUAGAGCGCAGUUAAAGAAAAUAGACGGAGACCUCCGUUAUCGUGAUGUGAGAAGGAAAGGCAGUGAUUGUUGGACCAGUGUUGUUGGACCAGACUAGAUCUUUUUUUUUUUUUACAAUUAAACACCAAAUUAAAAAAAUAGGGUUUUGUGUAUUUAAUGCCUUGCUCCAAUAAAGGCUUACAUUUGUUUCUA